AUGUAUAUCCGGAUGAAAGCUGUCGAAAACUCUGGGCUACACUAUCUAGUGAAGCUAUGCCGAGACUUAUGCGUCUGGGUAAUCGCAGUAACUAUUGUGCUGUUGUUCCUGCUCCUACUAGUGACAGAAAGCUUCCCAGGCACCUACAGGUACGUCCAAAUUGUCCACAUUCAUAAUGAAGAGCCACCAGCUUACAUCACUGAUGAAAAGUUUCUCAGUAUUGGCCUUGACUGCUUUGUUAUUGCUACUGGCUUCAAGGGUUUCAACACAAGUAGCCCCAAACUAGUGAAGAUGAUGCGGCAUUUAUCACCUUCAUAUUUGCGAAUAGGAGGGAAUUUGGCGGACAGGCUAAUCUUUGAUCCUGAAUCUGAUGAGCCAUAUAAAUAUGCUGAGAACCUGUACAAUCAAAUAGGAGAUGAGGAUGAUAUCAACUACCAAUUGGCGCCAAACUAUAGCAUGACAGGCAGGCAGUGGAUCGAUCUUGUUAAGCUAACUGAAAAAGCAAAUUUAGAUGCUAUUUUUGAUUUAAAUUCCUUGUUGAGACAAUCAGAUGGAGAAUGGGAUUACCACAAUGCUGAAACACUAAUAGAGUUUUCACAAAAUAAUAGCCUAAAGCUUAACUGGGAGUUAGGCAAUGAGCCUAAUUCAUACCACCAUAAAUUCAAUACAAGUGUUAGUCCCGAACAACUGGCUAAAGAUUUUCAAACACUAAAGUCUCUACUGGAGGAAUACCCUUUAUAUAGCAAUGCAAUGCUUGUGGGUCCAGAUGUUGACAGACUGGUCACAAAAAAUGGGCAGAAUGAAGAGUAUCUCAGGGUAUUCCUGAGUCAUAUAGGACGUUUGAUUGAUGCUAUAACCUGGCAUCAGUAUUAUGUGAAUGGUAGAACAGCUACUGCACAAGAUUUUUUGAACCCAGUUAUUUUUGACACGCUGAAAACACAGAUAAAAACUAUGAAAUCUAUUUUAAAUGGGACCCAUCUGUCAAACAAACCUUUUUGGCUUGGUGAAACUGCUUCAGCAUAUGGAGGUGGUGCUCCAAAUCUAUCUGAUACUUUUAUUGGAGUAUUUCUUUGGGUUGAUAAAUUGGGAUUAUGUGCAAAGUUAGGAGUAAAUGUUGUUAUCAGACAAUCAAUUUUCAAAGAGUAUUAUGCUUUGUUGGACAAAAACUAUGACCCAAAUCCUGAUUAUUGGGUGAGCAUAUUGUACAAACGCCUAGUUGGUCACAAGGUUUUAAAUUACUUUACUGUAACUAUGCCAACUGUACGUUUGUAUGCCCAUUGUUCUUCUAAAAAUAUACCAACCAACUCAGUUGUUAUUUUUGGCUCAAAUCUUGGCAAUACCGAAGCCAAUAUAAAGCUUGAACCAUCAGAUAGUAAUAGCUUGAUAGUAGUAGCAUAUGAGUUGACUUCCGAUUCUCUGUUAUCCAAGAAUAUAAGACUGAAUGGAAGAUUAUUGAAACUUAGGAGAAAUUAUGAGCUACCAACGUUUGUGCCAAAGUUUACCAACACAGAACCAUAUGUGAAAAUGCCACCAUAUUCUAUUGUCUUUUGGGUGGUAAAGGGUUUAAAUGUUAAAACUUGUAGUAAUUAA